AUGGUAUUCGCUCAUUACUUAACAGCAGCUUUCACCGUCGCCACUUUGGCCGGUACCCCCGCUGCGAUCGAUCUCGACAUCACCAACGAACAAUCUAUCAAAAAUGCCGCCGCCACAGCCGCCUUCAACGCCAUGUCCUACUACACAGGCAACCAGACCGGCCAGAUUCCCGGAAAAAUCAACCACACCUGGUGGGAAGGCGGCGUACUAUUCGACACAAUGAUCCGAUACUGGUACUUCACCGACGACGCAUCCAACAACGCCGCCGUCAGCCAGGGCAUGUACCACCAACGUGGCGCCGGCAACGACUACAUGCCGAGCAACUGGUCCUCAUACAUCGCCAAUGACGACCAGAUGGCCUGGGGCCUUGCCGCCAUGACGGCAGCAGAGCUGAACUACCCCGAAGACGCUGGAAUGCCCUCGUGGGUGGAUCUAGCGGAGCGGGUAUUCGAUGUGCAAGCCGCCCGCUGGGACAACAACACCUGCUCCGGCGGUCUCCGGUGGCAGCUUUGGCCCUACCAAGCCGGAUACGCGAUGAAGAACGCAAUGAGUAACGGGGGUUUCUUCCAACUUGCUGCGCGGUUGGCGCGGUAUACCAACAACCAGACCUAUGUGGAUUGGGCAAACACGAUCUGGGACUGGAGUACAUCGCAUCUUGUUCAGGAGGGCAGUUGGAAUGUUGCUGAUAGUACUAAUACGGAAAAUGAUUGUGCGACCCUGGGCAACAAUCAGUGGUCGUAUAACUACGGGGUGUUUCUGAGUGGCGCGGCAUAUAUGUACAACUACACAAACGGAGAGACCAAGUGGAAGACCGGCCUGGAUGGCCUUCUGAACACAACCUUUGGAGAAUUCUUCCCCCAUAAAUAUGGCGGCGAAAUCAUGUCCGAGAUCCUCUGUGAACCUACGCAAGUGUGCAACGACGAUGAGAUAAUUUUCAAGGGUCUCCUGGCAGAAAGUCUCACCUUCACGAGCAUGAUAGCGCCGUAUACAUCAUCGGACAUUCUUCCGCGCCUACAAGGCUCGGCUGUUGGCGCUGCGAAGCAGUGCAGCGGCGGAAGUAGUAAGACAACCUGUGGACAGCGCUGGUACCAGUCGACCUGGGAUGGGACGGAGGGCAUUGAGGAGGAAAUUAGUGCGACGAGCAUCUUCACGUCGAAUUUGGUGGUGUACAAACACCAGUCUCUGGCUACGAAGGCUACCGCGACAAAUGGAACCUCCGGCUCCACAGGUACGGAGAAUGGUAAUGGAACGACUACUGCCAGCACGGCAGCGGGAAGCAACAGUGUAGUUCCGACAAACGGUGCCAAUUCUCUCGCUUAUGGACCCCUUGGCGUUGCUGCCGCUAUUCUUGCGGGUGUUGUUGCCAUUGCUUAA